AUGAAGGGCUUUAGGCAAAGGGUCUCCGAACAGCUCUCUCGAAGCAAGGAUAGCAAGUCAUCUAAGAAGAAGGACUCGUCUUCUGGAACUGCUUCGCCGUCGCUGGCUGCCUCCAACUCGCCCUCGGGCUCUGCUCAGGCCACGCCUUCCUCGUCGCAGACACAGCUCACCGAUGCGCGAAGCAAGAGCCAGCCCGCCGCCGACGGCGCUUCCUCCAACAUUGGGUCGCUACAACAGAACCCGCAGCCUUCGUCGGGUUCGCUUGCGGGUGGACCUCAAUCUUUUGGUGGACAGGGCGUGAUGAGUCCCGGUGUUGCUGGUAAUGCCGGCGCUGCUGGUCCAGGCACGCCCUCUAGGUUGGGGCAGCCCCUUGCACCCAGCGUCGUCAUCAGCCCAAGCGCGCCUCAUCCACCUCCUCCUGGCGCGGCCGAGACGAUGCCCGGAGAUCUUGCGCCGCCCAAGGCGGGUCAGAAGUCGGGAAUAUUCGACCGUCUUCAAGCGACGCCCAAGGACAACAUCGAGGGCAUGAGAACUCCGAAGAGGCAACACUCGUCGCGCUUCGACAUCUCAGACCAGCGCCAGCGUGAACUGGAAAAGCUUCCUGGUUUUCACGAGGUGCCCCCGAACAAGAGGGAGGAACUCUUCAUGCAGAAGAUCGACCAAUGCAACAUCAUCUUCGACUUCAACGAUGCUAGUGGCGAUAUGAAAUCAAAGGAGAUCAAGCGUCUGGCCCUGCACGAGCUGCUCGACUAUGUUGCCAACAACCGCCAGGUCAUCACCGAGAAGAUGUACCCUCGCGUCGUCGAGAUGUUUGCAAAGAACCUGUUCCGACCCAUCCCACCCCCGAUGAACCCCCAAGGCGAGGCCUUUGAUCCAGAAGAAGACGAGCCGGUGCUGGAAGUGGCGUGGCCGCACAUACAGGUCGUUUACGAGUUCUUCCUUCGAUUCAUCGAAAGUCAGGACUUCAACACAAACAUUGCCAAAGCGUACAUAGACCACAGUUUCGUGCUCAACCUGCUUGAGCUUUUCGAUUCCGAAGACCCCAGAGAGCGCGACUUCUUGAAGACCACACUCCAUCGCAUUUACGGCAAAUUCCUCAACCUCCGGUCCUACAUCCGCCGUUCCAUCAACAACGUCUUUUUCCAAUUUAUUUACGAGACAGAACGCUUCAACGGUAUCGCCGAGCUUCUCGAAAUUCUCGGUUCUAUAAUUAACGGUUUUGCUCUGCCAUUGAAGGAAGAGCACAAGCUGUUCCUCACUAGGGUGCUUAUUCCGCUUCACAAAGUCAAGAGUCUGAGCAUGUACCAUCCACAAUUGGCGUAUUGCAUUGUCCAGUUCUUGGAAAAGGACGCGGCAUUAACAGAAGAGGUUGUUUUGGGUCUUCUCCGAUAUUGGCCAAAGGUGAACAGUACCAAAGAGGUCAUGUUCCUGAACGAGGUCGAGGACAUCUUCGAGGUUAUGGACCCCGCCGAGUUCGCAAAGGUACAAGAGCCGCUAUUCAACCAGUUAGCCAAAUCUGUCGCCAGUCCUCACUUCCAGGUCGCCGAGAGAGCAUUGUACUUCUGGAACAACGAGUACUUCUGCAACCUUGUUAGCGACAACGUCGAAGUCAUCUUGCCCAUUAUGUUCGCCCCGCUGUACGAAAACUCGAAGGGUCACUGGAACCGAACAAUCCAUGGUAUGGUGUACAAUGCCAUGAAGCUAUUCAUGGAAGUGAACCCUCAACUCUUCGAUGACUGCUCACACGAUUACGCCGAGUCACAAAACAAUGCUACUCAAAGACAGCAAAGUCGACAGGAUCGCUGGGAUAAGCUUGCCAAGCUUGCCGAAUCACGUUCAAACGGUACGGCAGAGAAAUCAGCCGUCGAUCCGAUGCGCAUGGACGACUCGGAGUCACGAUUGGAGAACCUCCGCCUACAGGACGACGGAACAGCAUCGAGAGAGAGGCGGCCGAAGGAGUAUGAGCGUCAAGGCAGCCAAACCUCGGUACGUUGA